AUGAUGAGCACGGGCAAAAGGCGGGCCAGCAAGGAAGUAGCAACGACGACAGAGAGGUGCGGUGGUAUCGCCGUGUGUCGGAUGGUGUUGAUUGGGUUGAUUAGGCCAAUGAAGCUAUGGUUGACAGGUACACAAAAGAGAGAAUGGUGCUGCUCCGCCGUCGGAUCUCCCGUUCAUUUGACUUCCUUCGCUUCAAAGCAAAUCGGGUCGGCGUGCUUGAAUUAUGAUGUGUGGAUCCCGCAAAACGGACCCACCGCUGCGACCGGUUCCGUCCCCGUAUCUGCCCGGUCUGUGUUAUUUGAGGGUCUGGCGUCCGGCAACGCAUCAGCUAUCCCCGCUGUCAUCACUCGCUCAAAUAGCAAACUCAAUAAGCAAUUUCCCUAUCACAUUGGACAACAACGCCAUCAACUCUACUGGGCAGUCGCAGUGGCAAACUCGACGGGCGCCGUCAAAUCGGAAUCCGAGCCUGGACUUGAGAUUGCACAUGUCGACCACUCAGCAGUAUCGACACUGGUUCUUACACAACCAAGGCUGCCCAAGAUUUCAGUUCUGAUGCGAACACGGGUUUGA